AUGGGAGACGCCGGUCCGUCCACGGUACAGCCUGCUCAGGCUCAGGCUCCUCAGCAGCAGCAGGCUGACAAGAAGCCUCACAUCACCGACACUAAGAUCACUCUUGCCAACUGGCACCAGCAUGUCAACUGGCUCAACGUCUUCCUGAUCCUGGGUAUCCCUCUGGCUGGCUGUAUCCAGGCUCUCUGGGUGCCGCUGCAGUUCAAGACUGCCGUCUGGGCGGUUAUCUACUACUUCAUGACCGGUCUAGGAAUCACAGCUGGAUACCAUCGUCUCUGGGCUCACUGCUCGUACUCUGCCACUCUGCCGCUGAGGAUCUACUUGGCUGCCGUCGGUGGUGGUGCCGUCGAGGGUUCCAUCAGAUGGUGGGCUCGCGGCCACCGCGCUCACCACCGAUACACCGACACCGACAAGGACCCGUACUCUGUCCGCAAGGGCCUGCUCUACUCCCACCUCGGCUGGAUGGUCAUGAAGCAGAACCCAAAGCGCAUCGGACGUACCGACAUCACUGAUCUCAACGAGGAUCCCGUCGUCGUCUGGCAGCACAAGCACUAUCUCAAGGUCGUCCUCACCAUGGGUCUUGUCUUCCCCAUGCUCGUCAGCGGUCUCGGAUGGGGUGACUGGAUCGGUGGUUUCGUCUACGCCGGCAUCCUCCGUGUCUUCUUCGUCCAGCAGGCUACUUUCUGUGUCAACUCCCUGGCUCAUUGGCUCGGUGACCAGCCAUUUGACGACCGCAACUCUCCACGAGACCAUGUCAUCACUGCCCUCGUCACCCUGGGAGAAGGAUACCAUAACUUCCACCACGAGUUCCCAUCGGACUACCGCAAUGCUAUCGAAUGGCACCAGUACGACCCUACCAAGUGGACCAUCUGGACCUGGAAGCAGCUCGGCCUCGCCUACGACCUCAAGCAGUUCCGUGCCAACGAGAUCGAAAAGGGCCGUGUCCAGCAGAUGCAGAAGAAGAUCGACCAGCGCCGUGCUAAGCUCGACUGGGGCAUUCCCUUGGACCAGCUGCCCGUCAUGGAGUGGGAUGAGUACGUCGAGCAGGCUAAGAACGGCCGUGGCUUGAUUGCUGUUGCCGGUGUUGUUCACGACGUCACCGACUUCAUCAAGGACCACCCCGGCGGCAAGGCCAUGAUCAACUCUGGUAUCGGCAAGGAUGCUACCGCCAUGUUCAACGGAGGUGUCUACAACCACUCCAACGCAGCCCACAACCUGCUCUCGACCAUGAGAGUGGGCGUCAUCCGCGGAGGAUGCGAAGUUGAGAUCUGGAAGAGAGCCCAGAAGGAAAACAAGGAAGUCGACUUUGUACGUGAUGAGUCUGGCAACCGUAUCAUUCGUGCUGGUUCACAGGUGACUAAGAUCCCUGAGUCGUUCCCGUCUGCCGGCGCCGCUUAA